AUGACUUAUUCAAAUAGAAUCGUGUUAUUGAUAUUCAUUAUCUUAAUUGUUUCGAUAUUUUUCGAAGCUUUUGAAUCCAAACUUCACAAGUCCAUAAGAAGAACCGAAUUAAUCUCGAAUUUUAAACGUCUUUUCGCUCCAACUUCAGAAAAAUCAUUCACUACUUGGUACGGAACAGAAAUUACACCCAAAUAUAUCUUUAGACCUAAAUCUCUUGAUGACCUUAAAGAUAUCGUAAAAAACGCUAAAACGAAUGGAAAAAAGAUUCGCUGUGUUGGUCAAGGUCAUACGUGGGCAUCGUUGUCGAUCACCAAAGAUUAUUUGGUGAUUGUAAAUAAUCUAAAUCAAAUUGUUGAAAUAAAAAAGACAGAUAAAUAUGGAUGGACUGUUACUGUACUAGCUGGCACACAAACCAAGACAAUCGAACAGGCAUUAUUGAACAAUAAGCCACCCUUAGCUUUUGAAUCGAUGGUCGUUCCUGACUACUUUAGUGCUUCUGGUCUUAUUGCCGUUGGUGCUCAUGGUUUCAAGACUGGAGGUCCAGGUGUUUCUGACUUGGUUGUAAAGCUACAGAUAGUUACUGGUGAUGGUGAAUUGCAAGAAUUUUCUAACGAAAAAGAUCCAAUAGAAUUUAACACUGCACGAUUAAAUUUAGGAUUACUAGGUAUCAUUUAUUCCGUUACUUUUCGCGUCGAGCCACUUUUUAACCUACGUAGUGAUAAUAUUGUGGUCCCAAUUAAAGACUGGCUUAAACCUGCAAAUCUCAAAAAACUUGUUUAUGAUUCGGAUAGUAUAGAGUUUAUUUAUUGGCCAUUCAACAAAGGUCAUAUUGAUUUAUCGUCCGACGACUUGUGGAUAAAGCAAUUUAUUCGAACACAAGAUCCGCCAACAACGACAAAAACAGCUCUUGAUUCAAUUGUUGAUGGUGCUUUACUUCAAGCCGCUAAUACCUCGGCGGAAUUUCUGUUAAAACAUACUGAGCUCACUCCAGCUGUAAAGGGAGCACAAUGGCUUCUAUAUAAAAAGUCAUUUAAAAGCGAAGUGUUGAUAGCGCCAGAAGCUAUUCAUUUUCUGAAUGGAUUAGACGGUAUUCAAGCCGAUGAUGUAUCAUUUGCCUUCAAAAUUGACCCGGAUUUCACGAAUGUUGCUACGGAACUUUUGUUUCUCAUACAGAAGGUUGCUGAAUAUGCAAAAAAAGGCAAAUUCCCUGUAAACAUUAGUACGUCUGCUAGAAUCAUAAGAGCUUCUGCGGCUUUACUGUCACCAAAUUUCGAUAGUGAUCCAAAUGCAUAUUAUUGUUUCAUCGAAGCCAGCACUAUUAAGAAUACUCCGAGCUGGGUUGAAUUUUUCAAUGAAGUAAGCGCACGAUGGAUUAGUAACUACCAAGCUAGACCUCAUUGGGCUAAAGAGUGGGAAUCUUUGGCUGGUAUUAAACCAUUCCUUCGAACAGGUUUAGGAAACCGUCUUGAGACAUUUGAAAAAGUUCGCGCUAAAUACGAUUCUAAUAAAACUUUCUUCGAUAAUGAUUCGUUGAAGCAGAUAUUUUAUGGGUAG